AUGGACAGGCAUUCUAUAGUGCUAAAAAGUUAUCAGCUCUGCAGAAAGUCUACCGUCGGCGGAGCUGAAUACCAACACGCGCUCGAGGUAGUAUUUGAUGUAGAAGAAGCAAAAAGACGCAGAUCUUCAUUAGCCAAUCCAGAUGCAUCUAAUAAUACAAGACUGUCUUCCAAUGAGCGCCGGCAGAAGACGGCUUGCUUUGUGCACUCUUUGCUCGGGAAAGAAAGAGUAUCUCAUACUUCAACCAGAAACCAGCCAAAAGACCUUGAUGUUGACUCCAAGAUGGAUAAAUCGAUGGGAAAUGAGCGUCUGUCUCAACGGUCACGCAUGCUUACGAAGAGAGAAUUGUCUGAUAUGGCAUGGGGAGUUCGUGAGCUAUCGAAACAGCUUGCCAGUGUCAAGUUGAGAUUAAAGGGGCAGACUAUCUUCAUCUUGACGAAAGUACAUGACGUGACCUUGAUUGACAAGACUAGGGAGAUGGUUGAAUGGUUGCUAUCGAAAGAAAGAAAUGCUUCGUAUGUGGUCUACGUUGAGAUCACUUUGGAGCAUAACCCGAUCUUCAACGCCAAGGGUCUUGUCCCAAAAGACCCAUCAAGAGCAGGACGUUUGAAGUAUUGGACCAAUGAUCUGGCUGCGAAACAUCCUCUAACAUUUGACUUGGUAAUCACUCUUGGUGGCGACGGUACCUUGCUCUAUGCUAGCUGGCUAUUUCAACAAAUCGUUCCUCCUGUCAUCUCCUUCUCACUUGGAUCUCUAGGCUUCCUGACCAAAUUUGACUUCGCGCUUUUCCGUGAUACCCUCGCCAAUGCAUUCAAGGACGGAGUUACAGUCAGCUUGAGGCUACGAUUCGAAGGCACCGUCAUGAGAUCCCAGCACAAAGGCCAGUCGCAUCGGGAUCUAGUGGAGGAGCUCGUCGGUGAAGAGGCUGACAAUGAUUUCACACAUCGAGCAGAAGGUACAUUUGAGAUUUUGAAUGAUAUUGUUGUAGAUAGGGGACCAAAUCCAACAAUGUCUGCACUAGAAAUCUUUGGCGAUGACGAACACUUCACGACAGUGCAAGCAGACGGUGUCUGCGUUGCAACGCCGACAGGUUCUACAGCAUACAAUCUCGCAGCUGGAGGCUCAUUGUGCCAUCCAGAAAACCCUGUUAUCCUCGUCACCGCCAUCUGUGCCCACACACUCUCCUUCAGACCUGUAAUUCUGCCUGACACGAUCGUACUUCGCGUCGGAGUGCCCUAUGAUGCCCGCACAGGCAGUUGGGCGAGCUUUGAUGGUAGAGAGCGAGUUGAGCUGUUCCCUGGUGACUAUGUGACCAUAAGCGCCAGUCGCUACCCAUUUGCGAAUGUUAUGCAACCGGGCAGGCGGAGCGAGGACUGGGUGAGCAGUAUCAGCAGGACCUUGAAUUGGAACUCGAGGCAGAAACAGAAAGCUUUCAAAGAAUCGUGA